AAGGUAAUGGAUACACACCCAGCCACCAAACAGAAAAUAAAAAAAAUUAAAGAAAAUGGUGGAAAUAGAGAGUAAGAAAGGCAAAGAGAGAUGGUCUCUCCAUGGAAUGACCGCUCUCGUCACCGGAGGUACCAGAGGAAUUGGCCAUGCGGUGGUGGAGGAGCUACUGAGCUUUGGGGCGGCGGUGCACAUGUGCACACUAGACGAGGCGGAGCUGCGGUCGUGCGUAGAGUGUUGGAAGGGGAUGGGUUACCCGCGAGUGACCGGAUCCGUCUGUGAUGUGUCGUCGCGGGAGCAGCACGAGCAGCUCAUGAAGGAGGUGGCCUCCCUUUUCUCCGGAAAACUCAACAUACUCGUAAACAACGUAGGAACAAACAUAGUAAAACCAACUACAGAGUACGCCCAAGAGGAUACUGCGCACAUAUGGACUACUAACUUUGAAUCAGGCUAUCAUCUCAGCCAGCUCUCGCAUCCACUUCUGAAGGAAUCAGGACACGGCUCGAUCGUCUUCACCUCUUCUAUCGCCGGUAUCGCCGCUCUACCUUACGGGACCCCUUACGCUGCAACUAAAGGAGCAAUUAACCAGCUGACGAAGAAUCUGGCAUGCGAGUGGGCCAAGGACCACAUUCGGGCUAACUGUGUCGCACCUUCAUUCACUAGAACUCCCUUAGCUGCUCCGUAUCUUGACGAGCAGACGCUGGCGAAGGUUCGAUCUCGCACGCCACUCGGGCGAAUUGCGGAGCCCGAGGAGGUGUCAUCGGCGGUGGCAUUCCUUUGCCUCCCGGCAACUUCUUAUAUCACCGGACAAACUAUCACGGUCGAUGGAGAUAAAAAACACUCCCUAAUUUUCGGGAAGUUUGGUUGUCUCUAUCUUUACAUCAAAUCCAUCAAUAAUAACUUUGUAAAAACACAAUCUUUUUUUUAUAAAAUAUUUUUUUUAGGGGUUUAGCAAACUUAUUGAACAAGCUAAUCAAUAACAGUGUUGAAUUAUUUUUAAAAAAAUAAUAAAAAAAUUGAAUGGAUUAACAUGAAAUUAUCCAGUUUGGUACGGUUCGAUCUGCACUAUCCGGUUGAGGACUGUGCUGGGUCAUAGGUCUAAAAACGUAUGGCUUGGUAUGACAUGAGCUAGAUUUGAAGCCAUGUUGGAUCAAGCCGACCCUGCGUCAAGUUUGGCCCAAAUGAAUAUGAGCCGUACUGGACUAGCACGACCUUCAUUACAUUCUUAAAUACAAUGCACUCUCACCGUCUUGUCUUCGAACAAUCACCGUGGAGCUAUAAAGAUAACAAAUAGACAACGAGAUGCUACCUUUUUCUCAAGGAAACAAAUAGACAACGAGAUUUGUUUAUAAACUUGCAUCAGUAUUUCGGUAUGUAUUAGUGCGGUAGCUGAUUAUUUCAAAUGAAAAAUAAUACAUUCAUAGCAGAUUUUAUUAUUAGCAGAACAAAAAGCUCAAAUCAUAACUAAAUUCAACAUAUCUAUUCAGUCAGUAUCAAAAGUUAUUUUGGAUUAUAUCAAAUUCCAAAUAGGAUCUGGUUGAGGAAUAGGUUGGUUCUAUUGAGUUUUGAUUGUAACUGUGGCGCACUCAAAUUAAGUCUCAAAUCAGAUGUGCUUAUCUACUGAAUUAAAGUUUAACACUUCUAUUAUUGACCAAAAGUGAUUGAUAUGGAAUUGCUGGAGGGCAUGUAAUUUUAAUCAAUUUGAGCAAACUUCAUACUAUUUUCAAUAAUUUUAUUAAACUUAAUAAUUUUAACUCUCAGAUGUAUUAAUAGUAAAAUUUAACGAAAUGUUCAAUAUAUCUAAGUAAAACAACUUAAAUAACAAAAUUAGAAUUAAAAGAGAUUUCAAUGAAAAAGAGUGUAAAAUUGAGAAGUCUUAUCUUUAAAUCUUCCGUAGUUG